CACUUUCGGAAACGACGUAAACUCCUUCGUCCUAGGUGAUCUCUAUACAGUAGCUUAGUGCUGAUGCAGGAACCAACAUGGGUAGAUCAUUGGCGAGAUCCGAGCUACAAGAUGGAGAUCUUUUGGGGGCUUAGACGUUAGACAUGAGACUUGACCAACCAACGCCAAUCCUGUGCAGUACAUCUUUUGCCAGAGGCCAUGAUGCUUUAGUAUACUAUAUAACAUAACUCAGGUGUUGGUGUAUCUUGCAUCUUAUAUAAAGCCCUGCUCCCCCAUCAAAAUCUAACCCCCAUCAACUCAAGCCUCAACAGAAGAACAAGUACCCAGCACACCUCUCAAACAAUCUCAACGCAGACACAAUGCCUUGCAACGUCAUCAACAACCCGAGCUUUGAGACCGGUGCUCUCGACGGAUGGUACGCCUCCGCCGGUAACGUCGCCAACAUUGUGCAGGGCACUAUCGCACACGCCGGAAACUACUACCUCGAUGUCACCGGCACAGCCAAGGUGCCCCAAGUCUCCGUCGCACAGGACUUGUACUGGCUCGAUGACGAGAACGAGCACGACCUAACCCUUUGGGUCCGCGUGGCCGACCCCAUCCCCAGCACGGGUCACUGCGAAGUGAGCGCAUAUCUCGGCGAGGACCCCGAGGCGGGUGCGAUCGCCUCCGACUUGAUCUGGCACGCCGACGAGUGGAUCCAACUGGCUGGAUCCAUCCAGCCCUCGGCGCGGGAUUUGACCCUGCACUUCGUCGGCUCCUGCAUUGACGCUGGGAAGGAGGUCCCCGCGCAUAUCCUGUUUGAUGAUGUGGUCCUGAGUGACUGUUAGAUGUGGCUGUGGCUUGACAAGUAGAGUCGCACAGAAUGUUGAACAUGGUCGGAUUCUUCCGCGUUGAGAAUAUACUGUAUAUAGGCCUGCUUGUCGAUCAUUCACCAAUCAUAUCUAGGUACACACCCUACUGGUUCUUCUGAACUUGAACGUGCAUUAUGGUUACUGGGCAGGAGUGUACAGAAAUGGUGGAAGAGAGGAAGCCCCAAUAGUCCCACUGCGGAUAAGGACCGUGAGGUGCUCAACCCUAAUCAUCCCAUCUAUUGGCGCCCAAUGUGCAUGUCGUUCGAGUGUUGAGUACGUGGUGACACAAAAAGGCUUCUCCUCUUUCUUCU